AUGACGGUCGAAAAAGGUGAAACGGCGGCGAAGACUGAGGAGUUGCCUCUGAAGACUGAACCGAAAAUCGACUUCUCCACUAUGACGAUUUUGGAGAAGCUGAAAUAUUUAAAGUCCAAUAUAACAGUGGAACCGGCGCUGGCGCUGUUCGUCAUGCCGAGCGUCUUGGCUAUGCUGGCGACGCAGAACCUGAACUUGGAUAAGGCGUGCCGUGUCAAUUUAGGGUUUAGUGAGGCGGUCUGCGAAGAUCUGAGGCUGAGGAAGCGCGCCAACCACACGUUUGAAGAAGACGAAGUGCAGAAGCUAAUAGCAUCUGUCCAGGGGUGGAAGAGCGUAAUACACACAGCAGUGCCGACCCUAUUGAUGCUGUUCAUUGGAGCAUGGAGCGAUAAGACCGGAAGGCGGAAAAUAUGCAUGCUAAUGCCGAUCUUCGGGGAGUUCAUGACGUGCGUGCUUAACAUGAUCAACACGUACUUUUUCUAUCAGGUCCCGGUGGAAUGGACCGUGUUUAUGGAGGUGAUAUUCCCAGCGCUGACUGGUGGAUGGUAUACGAUGUUCCUCGGCGGUUUUAGCUAUUUGGGCGAUGUGACUUCGAAGGAGACGAGGACGUUCCGCAUGGGGAUACUCAGCUUGUGCAUGACCAUCGGCUUUCCAGUGGGGACCGGUUUUAGUGGAAUCUUAUUGCGUUAUACUGGCUAUUAUGGUGUCUUCUCGAUAUCGGCUGUGCUGCAGUUUAUUAAUUUCACGUAUGUGUACUUAGCCAUUGACGACCAUACGUGGCUACAAAAUAAGGAUAAGAAACUACGAACAGGUUGCAGUGGAUUUCUGCUAGAGUUCUUCGAUUUUAACAGUGUGAAAGAUACACUUAAGAUCGCGUUCAAGAAAGAAGCAAAUGGAAGGAGGUUAAGGAUCUGCCUCAUUCUAGUUGUUGUAUGCCUUAGCUUUGGACCACUGUGGGGUGAAUUAAGCAUCUUAUACAUCUUUGCAAGAUAUCGUUUCAAUUGGGACGAAGUCAAAUACAGUAUAUAUUCAACUUUCAGCUUUGUUACUCAUUCCAUUGGUACCAUGUUUUCCAUAAGUGUAUUCAGCAAGAAGUUAAGAGCUGAUGAUGCUGUACUCGGUAUGAUAUCAACUUCAAGUAAAAUGGCUGGAGCCUUGGUGCUUGCAUUCGCUAGAAAUGAAUAUGAAGCUUAUGCAGCACCUCUUGCCGAGAUAUUAAAUGGGACAACGAUGAUAGCGCUGAGAUCUAUCGCUUCCAAGUUGGUUUCGCAUCAGGAAUUAGGUAAAGUUUUCUCCCUGUUCGGCGUAGCUGAAACAUUGAUGCCCCUGAUUUUCGCACCACUCUAUUCGCGCAUCUACAUUUUGACUCUGCACGUUCUGCCCGGCGCUGUUUUCCUCGUCAGUGUUUUUGUUACAAUGCCAGCUUUGGGGAUAUUUGUUUGGUUCUACUAUAGACACAAAGAAGACGCAAAACAGAAGAGGCUAGAAGUACCCAAUGUACCGUCAGCAUCGCCAGCGAAGGACGAAACGAUUACGUCUAACUAG